AUGGCAACCUCGAUACCGUCGAUCGCCUGUUUAGGCGUCAUAGGGCGCAACAACAACCCCCUCCACACGACACUCUUCCCAACGUCGCGAGACGCAGCGACCGGCCAAGCCGUCCCCCUGCGUACGCCGCUGCAGUUCUCGCUCCUUCUGUCCAGCACACUCGACAUAUUUUCCUCGCGGGCGCGGCACGCCUCGGUCUCGGGCACGCUGCUGAGCGGCGACUUUGGCCUCCUGCACGCCGUCGACGACCGCCUGGCUGCCUACGGCUGGGAGACCAACACGGGCGUCAAGUUUGUCGCCGUCGUCGACAUGCGAGGGAGGUCUCUGGACUCGCUGGUCGGCAAGGGUCUCAAGACGUCAUCGCUGUCGUCGCCCUCCGGUGGUGGUGCGGGGAUGGGAGGUGGUGGUGGAGGAGGGGCAGGCGCCGGCGCCGGUUCGUCUUCCUACGGGACCGCGGGGGGCUCUGGCGUCGGGCUGAGGGAAGGCGAGCUCAAGGUCGUCUUUCGGGCCAUGCAGACGGCGUAUGUGCGCCUGCUCCAGAAUCCCUUCUACGACCCCGACGACGCGACCGAUGUCGGAACGAAGCGCAUCACGAGUCGCAAGUUUGCCGAGGAGAUGAGGAGGAUCGGUGACGUCUGGGUGCCUGGUAGCGUCAACACGUUGUGA